GUUCGCAAGUCAACUUUUUUUAUGGCUCUGGCGCCAACUAACGUGCGUUUUAAAAAAUAAUUAUUCAUUUUACGUGUGCUGUGUUCACAACUUUUUUUUAAACAUUUUUUAAAGGCAACAGUGAAAGAAAUCAAAUUUCUAAAAAUAGAAUAAUUUGCAGCGAUUUGCUAAAAAUAAUAACAUUUGAUGGCUGGUCCAUUCAUAUCCCCGCUGCCGGGCGAUCUGCUCACGGAGUACAUGUUCGGCCGGAGGCGACAGCGCCGCAAUCGCACCACGUUCACGCCACAGCAGCUGCAGGAACUGGAGGCGCUCUUCCAGAAGACGCACUAUCCGGAUGUCUUUCUGCGCGAGGAGGUCGCGCUGCGCAUCAGCCUCAGCGAGGCGCGCGUCCAGGUUUGGUUUCAAAAUCGUCGCGCCAAGUGGCGUAAGCAGGCGCGCCUCCAGUUGCUGCAAGAUGCUUGGCGGAUGCGCUGCCUCAGUCUGGGCACGCCGCCAGUCCUAGCCGGCGGCGGUUCAAAUAGGCAGAGUAACGGAACAGCGGCCAAUGGUAACAAUCAAAUGCCAGAGAACUUAUCUGCGGGCGGUACACCAGGCAGCAAGGAUGCAAUGAUCAAUGACGUGGGCGGCAACGAUGUGCCCCUGGCCAGUGGACAAGCCGCCAGCAAUUUUACAAUGAUGCAUCCAGCUUUCCAACAGCAGCAACAGCAGCCAGCGCAUUCACAGUCCGAGCACGAUAAGCUAUCGAAAACCUACACGGAACUGAAGCUGUACAAGGAGCCGACUGCGCACGGUGUUUCUCAAUUGGAUCUGGGCGGCAUGGCUGCCCUCGCCCCUACCUCCGAUGAGGGCUCUGACGGCUCCGAUUCCGAGGAGAUAGAUCUGACCUCGGGUGCCUGCAUAGAUUUCUCACAGAGCAGCAAAUUGCAACAGCAGCAACAACAGCAACAGCAACAGCAGCAGCAGCAGCAGCAGCAACAACAGGCGGCAGCUUUGGCGGCGAUACAGCCACAGCAGACCUCGAAUGGGGUGCACUAGACCUGAAAGUGUAUAUAACGAGCAAUGAUUUAUGCAUGUUAUGUUAAUCUGCAUUUCAGUUAAUAUAUUCCUUUUUUUUGUAUUAGAAAUUACAGACACAAUUAAAACAUAAACAUAGACUAAAGUUUAACGUAUUCGUUUUUAUCUUGGAGUUCAAAUGUGCGCCUUCCUUUUGUAUCGCGAGUCGAUUUUCGAUUGCAUAUCGAAAGUCGAUAAAUUGCAU